AUGUCGUCGGUCAGGAUCGAGCUCGAUAACCGUGGGAGCACGUUUACGUGCUUGGACUAUGUCACUGGGAGGGUCAUCAUGAACAUAAAUACCGAAGAAACAAUCUCCUCCAUUACCGUUAAGAUGGAGGGCAUCUCCCGCACCCGCCUCAUCCCGCCCAGAAACGAAGACGGCCGUGACUCGAAGCGCGCUGAAAUAGAGAUCCACCGACUCCUGUACCUGGUGGAGACCGUCUUCCCCUCCGCAGAGAUCCGCGAAAAUACGUCGGCCUCGCACACGGGAUACACCCUCAAGGCCGGUCAGUACGAGUACCCGUUCCGCAUCCGCAUCCCCAUCAACUCGAACUGCACGGAGGUCCAGGCUACCGGCGCGGGGAGUGGACUCCUGCAGAAGAUUAGCUUUGAGAAGGGGAAUAUCGACUUUGCGAAGAAGCCCACCAGGCAUGUGAUGGGGACGCUGCCGCCGAGCUUGUCGGGUAUACCAGGCGAUUUGGCGUGGAUUAGGUAUUUUUUGAAGGUCACGGUUAAUAGGCCGCAGUUUUAUAGGAUGAAUAUGCGUGCGCACGACCCAUUCGUCUUCCUCCCCCUCGAGCCCCCGCGCGCCCUCCCCUCCACAAAAGAAACCUACGCCAAGCGCCAACACCAAAUGAUCUACACCCCCUCGCUCACCACCCCCUCCCCAUCGAAGAAGCGAGGCGGCCUCCUCGCCGCCUUCCGCCCCACAGUCACCGCCCCCACAUCCCCGCUCGACCCCCACGAAACCCACCACGUCCACUUCUCGAUCGAAGUGCGCCUCCCCGCGCCGCCCAUCCUGGUCCCCAACACCCCGCUCCCGCUACGCAUCAUACUCACGAAGCUGCAGCCGUACCGCCAGCCGGUGUUUAUCAGGAGCCUGCAGAUUGUGCUCCAUGCGUAUACGGAGAUCACGGCGCAUGAGCUGCGCAGGACGGAUCAUGGCGUCAUUCCGGUGCUGAGUCUGGGAGAUCUGAGGACCCCGCUGGGAGCGGAGUAUAGUCCGGUGAAUGUGGAGCUCGAGGCUGACCCGCAUCUGUGGAUGGGUGCGAGCCUGCCGGAUACGGUGCCGCCGGCGUUCAGGACGUGUAAUAUAUGGAGGACGUAUCAGCUCGAGGUAGUCAUGGGGCUGUCGCAUGGCUUUCUGGGGCCGAUUGAGAUGAUACCGCUUACGAUGCCGAUAGAAGUCUACUCCGGCAUCGCCCCGCCGCAGAAGCUCCUCGACUCAACCAGACCGCCGUUUAUGCCCCCGCCCCGCAAAGCGCUGACAGGCAAGUCCGCAACGUCGCUCACCGUCCCCACGACAGGCACGUAUCCCGUCAGCCACUCGGAGAAGAACACGCCCAUGUCCUCGCCGGUGGUGCCGGACUUUCCGAAGCGGCCGCACUCGUUCUCGGGGGAGGGGCCGAUGGCGCCGCCGGCGCAGCUGCCGGUGUCGCGGCCGCGUAGCAGUGCGGGUGGGGAGGGUGCAGGAGGGGCGGACGACCCGCCGCCGCCGACGUAUGAGGAUGCGUUGGCGGAGGAUAUUGGGCCCGUGGAUGGGCCGAGGAGGAGGUAUGAGCAGCAGGGUGAGUAUUAUGGUGCGUUGCCGGAUGAUGUUAGGUAG